GGGCGAAGCUGCGGGGGAGGAGGCGCGGCGACGACACGAGGCGCGGCAGCGGCGGUGGGGCUGGGGACGGUUUCUUGGGCUUGGGGGAAGAGCAGGUAUGAGCAUGGAGAAGCGGCACAAGCUCGACAGGGCGCGGCGGUGGUGCUUCAUCGUCGUGCUGGUGGUUACGAUUCUUGUGGUUUCGAUCGUGGGCGGUGUGGUGGGCUCACGGAACUGGAAGAAAUCCGUGAGCGAGAGCGCGAGCUCGGGUACGGCCGCGGAGCAGGCGGAUGGUGCGGAUACGGGGCCGUCGCUGCCGCUGGGAUCGGUGCUGGUAAGACCGUUCCGCGGCGCGGAUCGCCUGUCGACGUGUGUGGCCAGGUCUUACCAGUGGAGCUGCGCCCUGCCGCCCGAUACACGGGUUCCUACUACCACCGCAUUGAACGACGACGUCAGGGUCCCCGAGUUCCGGUUCGUGAUUAAGCGGCGCGACGCCACCUCCGAGUCCGGGCCGGAGAGCGACUGGAUCCCCGUGCCGCGCUCGGCCCCCAACACCACCGACUACGAAAGCGUCUCCUCGGUCGACGGCGUCAGCGACGCAGGCGAGGACUCGGACUUCUACAUCACGCUGAUCACCAAAACUGCUUCUAACACCAGCACUACAGCGAAGCGAGAAAUCAUCCGGGAGGAAUCGCACAUGCUGCCGUUCGCCGUCGCCAACCAGCCGCUGCGACUGUUCGACCGCGGCCUGGAAACGGAGCACUUCGGCUUCCACGUGUAUUUCGACAAGACGGUGCAGUUCGCCAACGAGUCGCGGCUCGCCAACAGCCGCGACAUGGGUGGCGUUGCCGCCGCGGACUCGGGUUACAGGAUCCAGUGGAGCAAUACCCGCUUCAAGGUGUCAAUCUUCACGAAGCAGACGGCUGGAAAAACUGUCGAGACCGGAGAUGACUUGGCAGAGCUGGACCUGCCCGUCGAUGUAUGGGAGGACCGUGUGGGCGGGGAUAAGUUUGGGCGUACAGUCACGGCGUGGGUGCUGGACGCGGAUGGUGCUCCCGAGCGGAAGGUGGGGAUCGCGGAGAAGCGGGGGAUUCGCACGGAGGAGAGGGGCUGCUACUGCCAUUGGUCGAAUUAUCGCAAACCUUAGAGAGCGGUGGGGGGUGCGGGACAAUACGAGAUGAUGCAAUGUAUAAUAAGUAUACGCUUUUCAAUGCCUUUUGCGGCCGGGCUUUAGAUAUUCCGCUGGUGGUGGUGGUGGCCGGGCUUUACAUAUUCCGUCGGGCAGGAUUUUAGAUAACCCGAAGGCGGAGACAGACUCUAAUCCAGCCUUGCGUAUGACGCAACACAACACAACACAAUCCGAC